CCGGCUCUAGGGCCUUUCUUUUCCUCCGGGAUGUCUCUCUUCCUGCUGCGGGUCGAACACCGAUGCAGCCUCCUGGGCAGGAGAUUGCGUUGGACGCCGGGGGCGAGGAAAAAACACUUUCAAACGGACGCGAGCCGAAUACGGUCCGAGCCAAAUGAUGCGAGUGAAGCUAAGAACUCUUUUGUAAAAUUUGAGGAUAUGCUGACAAACAGGAGAAGACAGGCUGCACAGAGUAUCAUUGUUCAAGUCCAGUCAGAACUUUCUUGCUCAGAACUGUAUAACUUUUGCCAGACAAUUUCCCCGGUCAUCAGCAUGUUCCAUUACAAUUUUGAAAAGAAUCACUUUGUCCUCGUAGAAUUCACUGAAGACGUGGUGAACACAGUUUUGCCAAAAUGUUCUCACGGGCCAUUGAACACCUCAGGAGAGAUCAGGGUCCCUGUGACAUCGCCUGUUGUAUGGUUUAAAGCUACCGCAAAGAAUAAAAAGUUCGAACCUGCCGAAUCUACCAGUCCACCACUCAGGCAGGCCGAAACUCCAAUUGCUUGGCCCGAAUUAGUCGAAUUAAUAUCUGCUGCACCAUCGGUUUCAGAUGGCAUGAAAAUUUUGUUCGAGACGACUAAACUUGGUGAACUCGGGACCAGGCUGCGUUUCCUGACUGCGAGGCAGUUGGAAUUGCCCUUCACUGGUCUUUUUCCUCACUGUGCUGCAAUUCCCUUUGGUUCCUCUGUAAACAGUUUUGGGAGGCAUGGGUGUGAUGUGGAUCUUGUAUUUCAACACUAUUUUCUCCUUCCGCAUUGUAAAGACAAAUACAUAUUUGAUUCGCGGUUUAUCUACCAAUGUAAAAUAAAUUCAGGUGGCUCAAGAGUGCACACUCAAAGGCAGAUGGAAGUCCUUGCUGAUGUGAUACAAGUAUACCUUCCAGGAUGUACUGGAGUGAAGCGAAUAUUGCAAGCAAGAGUACCCAUUGUCAAAUACACAAAUGGUAUAACUGGUUUAGACUGUGAUGUUUCUAUGUCAAAUUUAACAGGAGUGUAUAUGUCGGAAGUCCUCUACCUGCUUGCGUCGGUUGAACCUGAUUUAAGUAGAGAGCUAGUCUUCACUGUAAAGCAGUGGGCGUUCUCUGUUGGUUUGACAAACCCGUCUCCAGGCAGAUGGAUCACCAACUUCACAUUAACCCUUCUCUGCCUUUUCUAUAUGCAAGUUCAUUCCAUUAUUCCCUCUCUGGAUAGAUUGAGAAAAUGUGCAACUAAAGACGACUCAAGGACAACAGAAGACAUAGACUGCACAUUUUGCCGGGACUUAUCGCAGUUCAGCUGGAAAAAAAAGAUCAAGAUGGAUUCUGCCUCGCUCUUGAGAGGCUUCUUUGAAUAUUACACAAACUUUGAUUUUUCAACUCUCGCAAUAUCGUUGAGCACUGGGAAUCCGUUCUCGAAGCCAGAUUAUUCCCCGAUAUACGUUGCGAACCCGCUUGAAAAGGGUCUCAACGUUGCAAAAAAUAUGAGUUCUGAGGAAGUUGAAAGGCUGAGAAUGGCGAUGAGAAAUGCAUACUGGAAUUUAGAAACCAGCAAUUCACUGCUGACGAUAAUCGGGACAAAAUCACAGGAACAAAUCUUUGAGAAGUUGAUUAGAAAUGAUACCAAAUUCAUUCCUAACAGGAUGGUCACAAUAAAAGAUCUCUUUGCAGAAAGAUAGUAUUUUCAGAUUUUAAAAAAAUUGAAAAUAAAUAAAUUUGAUUUAAAAUAAAUUGUAAAUAAAUUUAUAGAACCAAAAAGAAAGAAACUGUGUUACUUCUAUAAAUACUAUGAGAUAAACCCUUAUAUAUUUGUAUUGUUGUUACAAAAUAUUGGUGUUUCAUGAAGUUCGACUAUUCUGAUUAAAUUUUUUACAUGUUUAAUAAAAUUAAAUUUUUGUUUUGAGUUUAA